AUGGGAGAUAGACAAGAAGAACCAAAUCAAGAAGUAAACACGGCUGCCGUGUUACAACAAAUACUUCAACAACUUGGCACCAUGAGUACUAGAUUGGAAAAUCUAGAAGCUGGAAACCAACAAGCUCAAAGAGGAGCUAAUGCCGCACAACCUAAUGAUCAAGGGGAUCGACAUCAAGCUAAUAGACAAGUUGCUCAUAGAACCGAUCCUAUGGAGAGAUUGAGGCAACAAGAGCUUGGAGGUCAAGCAAUCAAUGAGAAUAUGUGGCCUAGAAGGGGAGUUGAAAGAGAAAGAGAAGAGCCUAAGGACAACAUCAAGUACAAAAUCGCUAAAUUCAAUGGGAGAGGGUCACCAUCCGAUUACCUAGAGUGGGAAUCGAAAUUGGACAUGUACUUUGAUUACCAUCCUCAUGCCGAAACAAAGAAAGUUCAAAUUGCUACUCUUGAGUUCACCUUGCAAUCUUUGAGGCAAGGAACAAGGAGUGUUGAUGAGUACUAUUCCGAGAUGAUGUUGUUGAUGUCUAGGGCCGAUGUUGAUGAAGCUCCACAAGCUACAAUGGCUAGGUUUAUGGCGGGGUUGAAUAGAGAAAUUCAUGACAUUGUGGAGAUGCAACAACACUAUGAUGUUGAGGAAUUAUUUCAACAUGCCUUGAAGGCCGAGGGUCAAGUGAAAAGGAAUAGUGCUAAGAAGAUUUUUGCAUCAUCAUCUAGCUCAUGGAAAACUCCAAUAAAAAAAGAUGAGAAAUCAUCCAACAAAGAGAAGGAGUUGGUGCAAAGGGGAGCAAGCCCUAAAUCCGAUUCUAAGUCUUCAUCGAGUUCAUCUUGUAAGAAUCAUGUUAAGUGUUUCAAGUGUCAAGGAUUUGGUCAUUAUGCUAAAGAUUGUGUUAACAAGAAGGUUAUGUACACUAAUGACUAUGGAGAAAUUGUGAGUGAAGAUGAAGAAUUUGCCCUAGGAUCUAGUGGUGAUGGAGAUGAUGAAAGGGGAUUGUCGCAUGAUUAUGAGGAUGAUGAUGAUGGUAACACACCGGCACUCUUGAACUUAGUUGCAAGAAGAACUUUGAGUGUCUAUGUUAAAGGAGAUGUGAAUAAUCAAAGGGAAAAUUUGUUUCAUACUAGGAUGUAUGCGUGUGAGAAACCUAGUAGUGUGAUCAUUGAUGGAGGGAGUUGUACGAACAUAGCUAGUGUGUACUUGGUGAAGGAGUUGUCGUUGCCCACUACCAAACACCCUAAACCCUAUAGUUUAGGAUGGUUCAAUGAUAGAGAGGAGAUUAAGGUUAACAAACAAGUUUUAGUUUCUCUUUCUUUGGGCAAGUACAAUGAUGAGGUGCUAUGUGAUGUUCUUCCAAUGCAAGCAUGCCAUGUCUUACUUGGUCGACCAUGGCAAUAUGAUAACAAGGUCCCUCAUGAUGGUGAGACAAAUAAGUAUUCUUUUGUUUAUGGUAAGCAUCCUAUUACUUUGAUUCCUUUAUCACCUCAAGAAGCUUUAAAAGAUCAAUUGAAAUUGAAAGAGGAUUUGCUAAAUUGGAAUCGGAAUAUAGGGACAAAUCCUAAAGAAACAAAGGAGUUGGAGAAACAAGUUGCAGAGCUACUAGAAAAGGGUUUUGUGCGUGAAAGCCUUUCUCCAUGUGCAGUUCCUGUUUUGCUUUUUCCUAAGAAGGAUGGGACUUGGAGAAAGUGUGUUGAUUGUAGGGCAAUAAACUACAUAACGGUAAAGUAUCGUCACCCUAUUCCUAGAUUAGUUGAUAUGCUUGAUGAAUUGCAUGGUGCUUGCUUAUUUUCAAAGAUUGAUUUAAAGAGUGGCUAUCAUCAAAUUCGCAUGAAAGAGGGUGAUGAAUGGAAAACUACCUUUAAAACUAAGUUAGGAUUGUAUGAAUGCCGAAACCUUGAUGAGCAUGUUAAGCAUCUAAGAUGUGUAUUAGAUGUACUUAGGGUUGAGAAGUUGUAUGCUAACCUUAAGAAGUGCACCUUUUGCACAAACAAGUUUGUUUUUCUUGGUUUUGUGGUGUCAUCGCAAGGUAUAGAAGUUGAUGAGGAGAAGAUCAAAGCAAUCAAAGAUUGGCCAACCCCCACCAACGUUGGUCAAGUGAGAUCUUUUCAUGGACUAGGCAGAUUCUAUAGGAGGUUUGUUAAGGACUUUAGCACCUUAGCCUCACCUAUUACUAGUGUGAUGAAGAAGAAUGCACCAUUCAAGUGGGGAAAAGAACAACAAGAAGCAUUUGAGACCUUGAACGAAAAAUUAACUAAUGCUCCUUUGCUUGUUUUACCUAACUUUAACAAUACUUUUGAGAUUGAAUGUGAUGCAUCAGGGGUUGGAAUUGGAGCUGUUUUGAUGCAGGGUGGGAAGCCCGUAGCUUAUUUUAGUGAGAAAUUGAAUGGGGCUGCAUUGAAUUAUCCAACCUAUGAUAAAGAGUCGUAUGGUCUUAUGAGGGCGUUGCAAACAUGGCAACACUAUCUUUGGCCUAAGGAAUUUGUGAUUCAUACGGAUCAUGAGAGCUUGAAGUAUUUAAGAGGCCAACACAAGUUGAACAAACGACAUGCUAAGUGGAUCGACAUGGAUGGUGAAAGAAAAGCCGACUUUGUUAAGGAUCUUCAUGCAAGAGUUCGAGCUCAAAUUGAGAAGAAAACAAAACACUACGUGAAUGUUGCUAACAAGGGGCGCAAAGAGAUCAUCUUUGAACCUGGUGAUUGGGUUUGGUUGCAUCUAAGGAAGGAGAGGUUCCCUGAAAAGAGAAAGUCUAAGCUCUUACCUCGUGGAGAUGGUCCAUUCCAAGUCUUGGAGAGGAUCAACAACAACGCAUACAAGCUAGAUCUUCCUAGUGAAUAUGGCAAUGUAAGUGCUACUUUUAAUGUUUCAGACUUAUCCUUGUUUGAUAGUGAUGUAGUUUUGAGUACAAAUCCUUUUCAAGGGAGAGGGGAUGAUGCGCAAAGGGCUUAUCAUGGUCUUGAAGAGCACAAUAGAGCCAACGGAGAUCAUGGAAAGGAUGAUCAAGGAGUGCAAGGAAGCUUGGAGGAGCAAGGAGGAGAUGGGAUCGCAUCCAAGACAUCAAUGGAUGGAGGAAUCGCACCAAAGAUGCCAUUUGAUCCUUUGGUGAUGCCAUUAGGUCCUAUGACUAGAGCUAGGGCUAAAAGGUUCAAGGAAGCAUUAUUGGGCUUUGUUCGAAGUCAUCUUGAAGGCUUGAAGUCCAUUGAAGAUCAAUUGGAGAGCAUUGAAGACAUUAAGCAAAGGAAUAUUCCCAUCGAUUCCAAGUUGUGCACCAUACUUGCAACCGAUGGUCAUUAG